CUCCAUUUCAAACUGACAGAACUCGUCACUCUUGUUUCCCACAGCAGCUCGGUAUAAUCAUUUCAAGGACUAUUGUUGUAUUAAAGUCAGUUAUUUUUCUUCAAGAUGCUCGAUUCCUUCUUCGUGAUCAUUCUGGGGUUGUGCUGCUGCUGCCGCACGCAAAGCAGUCAGUUUUUUCUGGGGCAUCCACGACUGGAUGGCCCCAAAGAGGCUUUGGUGAAAUCAAUUGCAGAGUUUCAAUGUGAAGUUCCAAACCACCCGAUGGAUGAGAAAGUUCUGCUGCAGAUAUUUAAGCUGGGUGACUAUUCCAGGACAUUGGGUGUGUACACCUCCAUCGAAGGGAAGGUUGGAAACAUUCCCAUGAAAGUCAAAAUGCAACAUGAAGGCAACCUGGUGUGUAAGGCCAGCAUACAGAACACCUCUAUCUCUGGUAUUAAUGCCACAUUCAGCAACAUCCACUAUUUCAAGGUUAUAGAGCCAGUGAAAGGUGCACAGAUCAUCCCUUCAGGUUUAGUGGAGCUGUUUGAGGAAAGCACACUUGAGCUACGCUGUGAACUUAGUGCUGGAAAUCAUGUCUCCUACAAGUGGCUGCACAAUGAUCAGCUCAUAUCUCCGUCUUCCUCACACCGUGUUUCUGACAACCAGCUCACGAUCUCCAGAGUAACUUCUAAAGACAGUGGCUCCUACAUGUGUGUGGCUACCAACGUCUUCAACCAAACAGUCUUUAAUGCCAGGAGCUCUGAAGUUGAAAUCACAGUCAAAGACUUGGUAUCAGCCCCCGACAUCUCCUUCACCGUGUUAAAGGAAGCGCCACACAAAUAUUCUGCUAGAGUCCGCUGUCAGUCAACACAAGGAGCUCCGCCCAUCACCUUCUCGCUGUACAACGGGAGUCACCAAAUCACCAAUGUGACAGUGGACGAGAGACAUGCUGAAUUAAAGCUCCCUUUGGUCUUGAACCGCCACAUGGGAGAUCUCUGUUGCCAUGCAAGCAAUGGAGAACCUACCACAUACAGUCGGCGCUUGCCCUUGCAUGUGGUCCCUGUUGGUGGGCCUGUGACGAUCGAGUCCAAAUAUGACAGCGGAGAAAACUAUGCCAUAAUUGGCCUGAGGUUCUACUGCAAAGCAGAUAAGGGAUCUCAUCCACGGUACCAGUGGUUCCUCAACAAAACCCUCCUACAGGAUCAAGGAAGCUUCUACUACGUGAUGGAUCUGCCACCAAAACAGUCUAUGCUCGCGCUCUCUGUGGGGAGGAGCAGCGCUGGGACGUAUCACUGCGAAGUGUCAGACAACUUCGACAAUACCACUGCCAUAAGCAGUAAGAGGCGCUACAUUGAUAAAGAAGUGCUGAACCGCAUUCCUGACUAUGUUGUGGGAAUUGUUUUUGGAAGUUUUGCAUUUUUGAUUUUCCUGGUGUCUGCUUGUUGCUGUAUUGGAGUGAUUUUCAGAAAGAGGCAGUAUGGAGAGAAGUCUCUGUGGAGCCUGCAGACACAGAGACAUAAAGCUGCAUAUGAGGAUGAGCUGGACUUGUCAGGUUACAGUGACAAUCCUGAUUUGCUGAAAGUGGUGAAAAUGGAUGAAUUUGAUCAGACAUCUGAAGCCUCUGAGGAUGAUUGGCCCUGGAUUCAGAAGGAGACUUUGAAGGCCUUUUGUGGAAAGUGACAGGAAAGCAGGGAGAAAGAGUGGGAGAAGGCAUGCAGCAAAGGAUCAUGGAUUGGACUCGAACCUGGCCCACUGAUUUUCAGCCCUAAGGCUUGAAUUUUUGAGGCGCUAAACCAAAAUUUUGUCUUAUUAGUAACAAAAAAUGUUUUUCCAGUGUUGCAAACAAACUUCUAUAUGUUUAGCAUCACCACACAAGGAAUAAAAAAAUGCAUUGUAUUAAAAAAAAA